GAGCAAAACAUGCAUUGGUAGAAAUGUUGAGUUACUACUCGUCGGUUUUGGUGGAAACUAGUGGUAUUUCGUGGCAUUAGGAAAUGGGGUCCAAUGUCUUUUCAUGGAUUUUUUUUUUUGGGGGUUUCACAAGGGUUUAAUGAAACAUGAUUUCAAAAUAAAUCAUGGUUUGACUGAAAGCACUUAGGAUUCACAUGGGCUAAGCAGUGAUUACACUGUUUCUCCUAACUUUGAACUGGUUGUUGAUCCACUUGGUUUAUUUGCUUUAUGUUGAUAUCUUGUUAAAUAUCUAUGCUUUUUCCAAAGACUAAUUUUGGUCUACAUGUCCCCACUGAAGUUAUGGGUUUGGUAAAUGCAAUUUGCUGAAACCAUAAUGAUUCAGUUUUGGUUCCAUCUUUUUAUGUUUUUGUCUUUAUUUUCUGAUGCAUGCUUUUAAAAUUUUGAUGAACUGAAAUUGAGGCUUCAAUACACUACAAUUGAGCUCGAGUCUGUCAAAAUGGAAGCAAGUGAGCAGAUUUGGAAAUACAGGGAGGAGGUAAAGCAUUUGCUCAAUCUUCUAAAGCUUGCGUACCAAGAAAGAGAUGAGGCAAGAGAUCAGCUGCAGAAACUACUAAACAAGUUAAUGCCUUCCAGUCCAACUGAACUGCAACCCAUCCUCCAUCAUCCCCAAUCUGAAAGUCCCCUUAUGGUUGCAGCAAAAGCAAACUCAAGCAUAACUGAAUCUAACAGUUUAUCAGACACAUAUAAUCACCACUCACAUGGCUCUUCCCAAGUAGAUUCCUUCUUCGAUGCGGUCACUUCACCAGAGUUCUCAAGCAUUAACAUGGCGGAUUCGGGUAGCCUGGGGCUUGUGAAUCAGCCCUUUGUUCAAGAGUAUAAUAAUGGUUCUAUGCCAACUGGGUUAGUCUCCUCAGGGGUGACCAAGAUUGAUACUGCUACAUCUGUGAUUGAUAAUCUUGCAAAGGGCAAAACUUUGCCUCAGAAAGGAAAGCUCUUGCAAGCUGUUACGGAAGCAGGCCCUCUUCUUCAAACACUUCUGGUUGCCGGGCCCCUUCCUCGAUGGAGAAACCCUCCUCCUAUGCAGACUUUCAAAAUCCCCCCUGUUUCCAUCAAAGGUUGUGAUUCUGAAAGAGCUAACCAAAAACCAGGGGCCAAUCAGAAUAGGACUAUCGUUCAAAAACGAUUGAACUCAUCAUCAUAUCCUGAGAUGUCUCGUGGCUCACGUCAAAUGUGUUCAGCAGCUAUUUUGAAUUUUGCAGGUUCUGCUUCUACUUCAGGACUGUUGAGUGCUGGUGCUGGUGUUAGCACUCAAAUCGUAGCAGGAAAGCGCCAAAGGUCUCAAUGAGUUCCAAGAAAAAACCAAAACAAGCUUUGCUUCAUUUUUGUAAAGAUUAAAUUUGAGGGGUUUUAUGGUGUAAAUUGGAUACGCUUUUUUGGGGUUUGAAUUAAAUGAUAUAGCAUAGCUGCUUCAACACU